AUUUCGGUAACACAGUUUGCUACAAGUACUUCCUGUCAGGAGUUGUCGCUCUGAUUUUGAGCAGCUUUGGUCAUGAUUCGGAAUGUUUUGGGCAGAUUGGUGACAACAGUUCACGUCCACCGUUACACAAACAAAGUACCUCUUAUACCGAAGGUAAAUCCGUCCUCCGUGUCUGUCAGGAGUCUUUCUGGCGUAAAGGACGACGUGCAGCAGCCCUUUGACACCUCCCUGCUCGAGUUCCUGGUGUGUCCGCUGUCUAAGAAGCCACUCAGGUACGAUGCUAAUACCAAUGAGCUGAUCAAUGAAGAUCUUGGAAUCGCCUAUCCCAUUGUUGAUGGCAUCCCCAACAUGAUCCCUCAGGAAGCCAGACUGAUACAGAAAGACGCAGACACUCCAGCAACGCCAACACAAGGAUAGAGCCUCCAUCACAGCAAACCACAGCUGUCUACAUAUAACAGACUGGAAGUUAUUAAAUAAAGCCUGUUUAAUAGCA